AUGGCAAUGGUAUUGGCAGCCUUCCUUGCUUGCAGCUUCUUGAGCACAAGUUCUCAGUACAUUUACUCGAAAGAAAAAACUUGCUGCUCCAUUUAUGGCGAGACAAUGUUACAAAUCCGAGAACUUCUGAUCCAACAAGAGAGGAUCCAAAAAUCCGUAGAUUCCCUCAGGCAGACGGUGCAGAGCCUCGAGGAUGAUGAAACCAAGACACAUAAAGAUAUCCAAAUCGUCAAAAAAUGUUUGGUAGAUUGUCAGGAUCUCUACAUGUAUACUACCGGACCCAAACAGUCAGGGGUAUAUACUAUUUAUCCUUUUGGUAACGAGACCAGACUCAAAGUGUACUGUAACAUGGAAACAGAGGACGGAGGGUGGACAGCUAUUCAGAGACGAUCAAGCGGAUCUGUUGGUUUUAAAAGAACUUGGGCGGAAUACAAAAAAGGUUUUGGGAACCCAGCUGAGUCUUACUGGAUAGGAAAUGACGUGAUUCAUCAGCUUACCAACGGAAGGAACUCGACCCUCUACGUCUACAUUACAUUAAAAAACGGCACAACCAUGUAUGAACGUUACCAUCACUUUUCUGUUUCUGGUGAAUCAGACAACUACAGACUUUAUCUCGGGGGACCAGCUACCGGGACAUUAGGUGACGUAAUAUUAGACACGGGGAGAUCUUCCCUAAAUCUGUCCUGGAUGUCAUUCUCCACCCUGGACAGAGACCACGACAAAUGGGAUAACAAUGACUGGUUGGAUAGUGAUAACUGUGCUGCUAUUCACGGACGAGGCGGUGGCUGGUGGUAUAACUGGUGUUCCUAUGCCAACCUUAACGGUCCCUGGUCGUCGUCAGACUGGUACAUGCCAUGGAAUCCGCCACUUGAGUAUGGUGAUGAUAUAACGGGGACUCUAAUGAUGAUUAAACAUAACUGA